UCACUAUAUAUACUUUCAUAGAGGAUCUCAACACUCUCACUAAACCAAAACCUCAAAAGCAUUAUUUGGGGAUCGUCAACUUUCUUUCAUCACCAUGGAUCCUUACAAGUAUCGUCCUUCGAGCGCGUACAACGCCCCAUUCUACACCACAAACGGUGGUACUCCAGUCUCCAACAACAUCUCUUCCCUCACCAUCGGAGAGAGAGGUCCGGUUCUUCUUGAGGACUACCAUCUGAUCGAGAAGGUUGCCAAUUUCACCAGAGAGAGGAUCCCUGAGAGAGUGGUUCAUGCCAGAGGAAUCAGUGCUAAGGGUUUCUUUGAAGUCACCCAUGACAUUUCUAACCUCACUUGUGCUGAUUUUCUCAGAGCUCCUGGUGUUCAAACUCCGGUUAUUGUCCGUUUCUCCACCGUUGUCCACGAACGUGCUAGUCCUGAAACCAUGAGGGAUAUUCGUGGUUUCGCUGUCAAGUUUUACACCAGAGAGGGGAACUUUGAUCUUGUUGGGAACAACACUCCGGUGUUCUUCAUCCGUGAUGGGAUUCAGUUCCCGGAUGUUGUCCACGCGCUGAAACCAAACCCGAAAACAAACAUCCAAGAGUACUGGAGGAUUCUGGAUUACAUGUCCCACUUGCCAGAGAGUUUGCUCACAUGGUGCUGGAUGUUUGAUGAUGUUGGUAUUCCACAAGAUUACAGGCACAUGGAGGGUUUCGGUGUCCACACCUACACUCUUGUUGCCAAAUCUGGAAAAGUUCUCUUUGUGAAGUUCCACUGGAAACCAACUUGCGGGAUCAAGAAUCUGACUGAUGAAGAGGCCAAGGUUGUUGGAGGAGCCAAUCAUAGCCAUGCCACUAAGGAUCUCCACGAUGCCAUUUCAUCGGGCAACUACCCCGAGUGGAAACUUUUCAUCCAGACCAUGGAUCCUGCGGAUGAGGAUAAGUUUGACUUUGACCCACUUGAUGUGACCAAGAUCUGGCCUGAGGAUAUUUUGCCUCUGCAACCGGUUGGUCGCUUGGUUCUGAACAGGACCAUUGACAACUUCUUCAAUGAAACUGAGCAGCUCGCUUUCAACCCGGGUCUUGUGGUUCCUGGAAUCUACUACUCAGACGACAAGCUGCUCCAGUGUAGGAUAUUUGCUUAUGGUGACACUCAGAGACAUCGUCUUGGACCAAAUUAUCUGCAGCUACCAGUGAAUGCUCCCAAAUGUGCUCACCACAACAAUCACCAUGAAGGUUUUAUGAACUUCAUGCACAGAGACGAGGAGAUCAAUUACUACCCCUCAAAGUUUGAUCCUGUCCGCUGUGCCGAGAAAGCUCCUAUCCCUACAAACUCCUACACUGGAAUCCGAACAAAGUGCGUCAUCAAGAAAGAGAACAACUUCAAACAGGCUGGAGACAGGUACAGAUCAUGGGCACCAGACAGGCAAGACCGGUUUGUUAAGAGAUGGGUUGAGAUUCUGUCGGAGCCACGUCUCACCCACGAGAUCCGCGGCAUCUGGAUCUCUUACUGGUCUCAGGUGAGAACAAAAAACCACUCAGUGAAAUCUCUGCUUCCUUUUUCACCAAAUAUUCAGCAAACUAAACAUUAUAAUCUCUCUUAUCUUUCAGGCUGAUCGAUCUCUGGGACAGAAACUUGCAAGCCGUCUGAACGUGAGGCCAAGCAUCUAGAGACCAAUCUCCAGAUAAGUUGAGUCUAAUGCGAGGUACACAAUCUCAUCGAUCCAUCAUCGCUUGGUCGUUAAAUCCGUCAAAAGAUAUUCCACCUGUGUUGUUGUUUCAUGUCAAUAUAAUAAUAAUGCAUAUGCUUGUAAUCCCAUAGACUCUUGUUUCCUUCGGUUUUAGUCGCACAGUCUGUGUCUUUGUAAUCUCUUUUACAAUAAAUCAAUGUUUCUUAUGGUGGUCGUAUACA